AAGAAGAAAAAGAUAAAAAAGGAAAUGCUAUAAAAAUAGCAGAACAAAUAGCAGUAUCAUAUAGAUAUACAAUACAUUGUUUAGAUAGAACAACACAAAAGCUAGUAAUUAAUCAAGAAUCAGAAAAUAUAAUAAAAGACUUAAUGAAAAAUCUCUAA